AUGGCCAAGGUCUUUAAUCAGCACCAACAGUCAUUUUCUUCUCAAACAACGCAUUCCAAUAAUAAUGGCUGUGUUGCAUCUUUUUAUACUGCCAAAUCCAGAUUUAACUUCCUCAGGGCACCUAAACGUACUAUCUCGCAAUACAGGCGAUAUCCUAGUCGUAUACGCCGAGCUCAGAAAUAUGACCCGAAUUCUGUGUCCAGCGGAAAUGAUUCUCAAAAGUCCAAUAUUAUCGACAUUCUAUGUGAUACGGCUGAUUCGAAGCAAACUGCCCAUAAGAUUUUCAUGAACCAGUAUCCUUCGCAUAUUACUUCUGAUUAUAAACGUUCGCGCCCGGAGCUAAACGGUCAGUCAAACGAAAAUUUAGAAGAUAUGUCAAUAUCUACUCCGGCGGCAUGUUAUUUACGUCCUUUACAACCGAAAAAUAAUCUUCGCUCUGAUUUAUCCAAAAUAUGUCACUCACAUAUAGUCUGUAAACUCUCUUCACUUGAUAAUGAUCGCCUGCGAGAUCUACUCUCGAAGGAAUUUAUUUACCAACCAAACAAUGCCUUCCUGUAUUAUGUUAAUCCGGAAGUCGAUGAUAAAGUCGACGCCGUACUUCGAAAUGAGGCGGUACACAAUCUGCGCUUUUUGCACAAUUCAUUUUUUAAUCUGUCUACAGAAACAUUUUGUAAAGCUGUCAAUCUCAUAGAUCGUUUUAUUGUUAAAGUCAAGGUCAAACCUAAAUACAUGGCAUGUGUAGCUGCUGCUUCUUACUGUGCUGUAUGCAAAUUGAGUAGCUCAAAUAACAAGAAUGUUAUAUUGCCUGAUCCAGAAACAAUGGUACAUAUCACUCGUUGUGGUGGUAACGCUGCUGAUUUGUUGCGUAUGGAGGAAAUCCUCGAUUCUAAAUUAUCUCACGAUCUUGAUGGAGUAAAUGCAUUCGAUUUCUUGCAACUUUUCAUCGACUGUGUGACUAAAUCUAAAAAUAUCAUGGAGGACGAAUUGAUCAAUGAUGGUCUGAAUAUGAGUAGUUAUUUACGUGAAUCAGAUGUAGAAAAAGUGUCAGAGACAAUUAAUAUAACCUCAAGUGCACAGAAAUCAGAUGAGGUGAGAAAGAAUCUCGUAACAGCUCGUCAGAAGGAUUUCAGUUGGAAAGCUCUUGUUUAUAAACGUUUGGGAACAGUCAUGGAGAUUGCAUUGUGUUCGUUGGAAGUUUAUCGUUUCCGUCCUGUUUGUUUAGCACUUGGAAUUUUAGCUCAAGUCGGUAUUGAAGGUCUUCUACCGUUGGCAGAUCUAUGUGGGGUCGAUUGGUUUGAUGUAUGUGAAUGUGCAAAUCUUGUGGGUCAACUGUAUGAAUUAUAUUAUCGUGAUCCUCCGCCAUCUAGUCGCAGAAGAACUGGAUUAUUUGUAACUAGACGUCAGUUUCGUGUUGGUUAUUCGAGUCCUACACCAUUGGAUACAAUCUCUGAAGACUAUGAACCGGUUGAAGAAGAUGAAUGGCUACUUCCACUUCUUUUUGAACCGUGAAGAAGUUCCAUUGGUUCGCUGACAUGUCUCAAUCCAUAUUCAACAGCCGUUGUGUAUAACAAUGCACUACUACUUUCACUAUAUUAUACAUAUUUAAUGUCUUAAUUUUUGAGUGCAUCUUUAUU